AUGAAGCAGGCACGUGGAAUCAGUCCCUCACUCACGGCAAGGGAACAACGAAGGUUUGGUUUUUAUGGGAGUGUGCUUGUUCUGUUAUAUAGUGGGUCCACCUUUCUACUGGCACUUCAGGGUUUAGCCGUUGUGAGCCGUUCCUCACCACCUGCGAUCCAUGCCCUUGUUAUGGCUCCUCUCAGCCUCUCCUCUCCAUCUCUGACGCUAUUUUCUUUUUACCCUCCGAUUGCCCAGAUCCCUGAUUUCCUCCCUUUCUUUCUGAUCUGCAGUCAAAUUUUGUUCUUCUCUUCUGCGAUUUUAAUGAUUAAGCAAUGCAUCCUUUCACAGUCAGAGGGUACUUCGAAGGAACGUUCCCGCCUUCUAACAAGUACAAACAAGAAGCAAGUAAACCUGUUGAUAAGUUCUGCAGAUACAAAGACAUCUUGCACAAAACCAUGAGACUGCUUGU